GUGGACAAGUUCUGAUGCUCUUAUCGCUGAACUAGAAUUGGCCCGAAUGUCUCCUUCGAUCAUGGAACUCAUAUCCAAAGAAGAUAUCAAUAAUGAGAAUGCGCGCUUUGGAAUAAAUUUAGUGGAUCAAGUAUGUAAAAUGAUGCUGGAAAACAUUAUGAAAUUAAAAAAUGAAAACGCUGAUGAGAUCAUUGCCACAAAUGAUUUACGAGAAUGGCAACGACAAGUUACUAAUAUUUUAUCUCUAAGUGCAAAUAUUGAAACGUCUUCAGAAUCAAAAACUUUGCAAUUUUUACGUAUUUGUAAUGAUUUGAUUUCAACGCAAUUGAUCAGUAUUUCAGACAUAGUCGGUGCCAUUAACGUUAAACGUGAACCUGAUCCGGACAACCAAGAACCUGAUUUAGACAAUCAAGAACCUAAUCCAGAUAACCAAGAACCUAAUUCAGACACGGUUGAUGACAUUAAUACUAAUACUAACACUAAUGAAACUCAACCAGAACUCGAUUUGAAUAAUACUUUCCCAAGAAUUGUUGAUCGUAUAUUGGAGUUUUUUGAAAAUAUUCCGUCUACAGAGCGGGUCAUAACUUCACAAUGUUCGUUCUUUCGCAGAUGUUUUGAUAUCAUUCCAUUCGAUUCACCAGUACGUAUCCACAUUUAUGAAAUACUUUUUGGACGAGAACCACGUGUGCUCCUUGGUUCUGUUUUAUCACGUGCUUUAAUGUUAGAAGAAAACUUGCAACCAGGAAUUUUUAUUCAACUAAUUCAAAACGCAAGAGCCACUUUAAUUCGUUCUCCGACCUUAACUGCCAUUAAUACCGCUCUUGGAAAAAGUGGUGUUGAUUCACCGAUUAUGGCUUUAUGUUGUGAUGUAAUGCAAAAUGACUUUUUUGCAAAAUGGGAUAUUAAGAAUUUGGUAAAUAGCUAUAGAGACGCUAUCAACGUUUUAUGCAGUCAAAAUUUCGAACUUUUGCAAUUGGUUAUUGCUGUCGCUUUACUUAAAGAAUUUGUAAAUUAUCUUUGGAGUUCACUAGAAUCUGUCCAAAACACGGAAACGGAGCCUAUGAUGUUUAAUGACGAAAUAGAAAAUAUCGAUGAAGUGAUUGAUAAUAUUAAUCUAGCUAUGGAACGUCAGUCACUUCUCAUUCGUUCACUCAAACUAUAUUUUCUUCGUGAUUUGUAUGUCAAAGGACUUUCAUUGCACGGUAUUAAAUGUUUUUGUGAAAUACAACGCAGGACAUUUCCAUGGUUGACUGAUUUUGAUUGGAGCGAAAGCAACAGCAAGAUUAACUUUGUAGCUUAUCGCUGUUACAAUCAAUACAUAGAAGCAGAAGAAGCGUUUACUCCACUGUAUAAACGUGGGCAACACAUGCAAUUCGAACAAUUUUUGAAUAGAGUUUCAAAUAACUUGACAAUAGGCGCCAAAAUGUCUAUAAUUGGAAUUUUGAUCACCCGCCUCUAUGAUAUACGUGCAAUACGAGAACCGAAUAUUAAUGAAGAAAAUGCAAUACAAUGGUUACGUAAUCGAUUGCCAACUAUGCAAUUUGACCAAUUUUAUAUAGAUAAAUUGUUAGCUCUUCUUGAAGAUGCAAAUCAGCUUUAUAGUAUCUCUCCGGAAACGAGUCAGACAGAGCUAUUGAUUAGAUCAGUUAUAGUCCAUACUAUCGCACUUUAUUCUUGCAUUCCUGCAGCAAGUUCUCCGUUGGCCGCAUAUCUACAAACUUUGAGAGCUUGUAAAGAUACAUAUAUAUUGGCAUCUCGUGUAGAGACUGAUUUUCUUCUUGAGCUUACAGAUGCUCUUGGAAAUUUUACACGGCAUUGCGGCUACAAAUAUAUCGUUGGUGAAUGUGGUCGCACGAUGCAGGAAAGUAAUUGUCCACGAUGUGGACAUCGUAUUGGCGGACUAAAUCAUACAUCCAACCCAGGUAACACGCGUCUUGAUGCUCAAGUAAUUAAUGGAACCAGAGAGACAAUAACCCAAUUAGGCUAUGUUUAUGAAUCCAUCGAAAGCAGAAAGUACAUCAAUUAUCGUCUUCGCGAUUUAACACCAGUUUUCUACCGAAUACUGCAUCUUUUUGUGCAUAUACUUAUUGCUGCUGCUUCGGAUGCAGAUCGUCAUGAUUUUUUCAACAACCCACAACAACAGAAUAACGAAAUAAUUCAAGAACCUUUAGUUUAUUGUCAAAGUCAUAUAGAGAACGAUUGGCAAAUAUUGACACGUUUGUUUGAUUGCGACGAUGAAACAUUGGCGUUUGUAUUGCAUUCAAUUUUACAUUCUAUUUCCGAAAAUCCAAACGAAGAAAUAAUAAGACUAGACACAGUUGAAAAACGACGAGCUUGGGAAAAUGAAUUUGCUCAACGCUAUAUAAAUCCAAAAGUUGUUAAUGCUCGCCGCACCGCAACAGAUUUUCAGAAAAUGAUUAAAGAUUCUCAACGUACACUUGAAAGUGAAAUUAAUGAAACUUUGGAUAUUGAUGAAAGAUAUCAACUUGAUUUUCGUCCACGAAUUUGGAGACGGAUUGGCAAAACAAGCUUCGAAAAUUUACAUGCAUUUUGUGUAGGGUAUCCAAACUUUACUACUGAAUUUCCAUUUCUAUCAUUGUUCUUUGAAUAUCAAGAACAAUUAAUAUUGGUGAAAAAUCUAGUACCAAUUGUAAAAUUCUCAAGGAUUCUUUCAUCAAUGCUAUGCUACCGAUUGAAAAGAAGUGAUGCGCGCAAUCUUACAUUCGAACGAUUUCUUAAAAACAAUGAAUCGCCAGAAGAUCUUUAUGAAGCCUUUGAAAAUUUUACCGAAGCAUGGAACUCCGUGAGGGAACAUGUUGUGCAGUUUGAGUGUCACGAGUUUAAAAAUCCAAUGCCAGAAAUGACCAGCAACCUUUCUGUGGUUUAUGCAUUGUUUGAAACAAAGGAUGAAUCAUUAUAUUUAUGUGGAGCUAUCGAAUUUUUAACAAAUUUGCAAAAUGAAUUCUUGCAACAGGUAUUAGCUAUUGAACCUGGUUGUCCCUCGUUGAGAUUUUUAGAAGGACAAUUUAUAAAUAAUGUUAGACGUCAUGUGCCCCAGCAUCAAUAUUACAUAGAAUCAUUGGCUCUUUUUGAAGUACGCUCUAAAAAUAUUAUAAAUUAUGAAUGGGAUUCUAAAUUACUUUCCUAUAGUCAAUGUAGUCUUGAACUUGGCCAUGGACAAGAGCUCCAAUAUGAACUACCUAAAAUUGAGGCAGAAUUAGCAUAUUCAUUACUUUUUAAUAAAGUUCAUCUUAACAAAAAUGAUUCACAUUGGUUAGACGUGUUUCCAUACCAUCAAGAAUUAUUUUCAACUUCUCGAACAAUUUUGAGUGAAAUCAGAGAGUUAAUUCCUCAAGAACAAAUUCCGCCUGAAAAACAUGGAUUUUCCUCCAUGGCCACUUAUAAUACAUCAUCCAGACUUACUUUUAGUGGCCUAAAUUCUGUCAAUAUGGUUCCUGGUUUUGAUAAUCCCACUGAACUCUUGUCAGAACUUGAAAUUUUACUUUGUUUUUUGAGACGAAUUUCGGGAGAUCGCGAAAUGAAAAUCGUUGAUUAUCUAAAUAAAUGGUUGAGACUAUCAGCACUGACCGAGAAUCCCCAAUUUCAACAAAUGGUUAGUGGAUUAAGAUUAAAACAUGUGGUAGCAUUAUAUGAACUAGUUGAAGAAAAAAUUGCAGAUAUAGAAAUUGAACACUUAUCAGAUAAAUAUAAAGCAAAGAUAUCACAAAAUUUAAAGGAUGAAAUUAACGCAGGUGUUGAUUUUGAGCAAUCAUAUGGCAUUGGCAAUAGUGGUAAAAGUAAACUUAAAAUUCCACAAGGAGCUUUUGCAUUAGUAUUGAAGAGGUUCAUGUUUCGCUAUUUGUCAUCAGAAAUGUAUAAUCCUAAUGAGGUACUUGUUAAUUAUUUAGCCGGGGAUACCCUUAUUGAUUGUUGGCCAGUUUGGGUGCCCGAUAAUGUCAUUCGCGAUAAAUUUCCAAAAUCAUUAUUAGCUGCAAAUAUUUAUGAUGCAUAUCAAUAUACAAUUCAGAAUGUAAAGAAGGCAGUUUCACAUAAAAUUAAUAGUGGUCGACAGAAAGAAACUUCGUCAAGGACAAAUCCUAGUUCAAGCGUACGUAGUGGAAAUCAUGGAAGUCAUGGAAGUCAUGGAAGCCACGUAGGACGUAAAAAUCGCGGCCGUGGUGGAAGUAGCUUAGACAUAAU